UAACCUGCCUGAGGUUAUGUUUACUUGUUUCAUAUUAACACAAAAGUUCUUAUUUCUUAAAGUAAAUGAUGGACAUUGAAGCGAAAAUAAGAGAGGACAUGCGCACCCUUGGCUGCAGCUCUGACUUAAAAAUAUCACUGGCUUACCACCUCUAUGUAUACUUAGUGGACGUAAAACUAAUGUACGACACUGAAUACUGUUACAAUAAAGACGUAGACACUUUAUAUAUAGUCGCAAGGCCUAGUAAACGGGAUAAAAUGAACAUAUACGUGCCCGUCCCUACGCAUGAAGAUGUUAACAUGGAGUUUAUUGGUGUUUUGCAGCAGAAUUUGUGUACAAUUGAGACCGGACCUAGUAUUAAUUUAGCUUUCAUCGACGGUGAUUCGUCGACAGUUAUCUAUACAUUUACUAAAGGUAUAGUUGAGAGGCCGACGGCCGAGAAGGUGGCCGAGAGGAGAAUGCGGGAGGAGCGGAGAAUGUUCAUUGACCAUGAACUGAAGAAGAAAAAGAACGAUAUCCUCAAUGACGCCAUGAAUGGAGGGUUUGUAGACGACGACGAGUGCCAAGUGAUCGAUUGAAGUGUGUGCAAAGUGGAAAUUGGCCAAUAAAUCAAAUAAGUGAGUCUGCACAUUCUAGUUAAGUUGAA